UAUGUAUUUCUCACAUGCCAGGAAUCCCGUUAAGACAUUAAUCGGCAUGUACCUAAGGCAAAUACCAUAAUUUAGAGGUACAACUUAGUUUAGUAUCCAGCCUUAGGCAAGUAAAGAGGAACCGGUCCAACCUUCUUCAGCCUUCAAUAUUCCAAAGCCACAUAUACGGAUCCUCAAUUGCUAUUUCCAAAUCUAUAUCAUCCUAUGUACCUAACUUAAGGUAAUAAGGUAAUCUCCCAACCAAGAAACCCCUAAGCCCCAAACCCCGCCAUCAUGACCUCCAAUUCCGACUGGAGAGCCUCACUCAGCUCAUCCGAUCGUUAUGAUAAUAUCCAAACCAUAAAGGAUGCGCUUGACGGGUUAAGUGAUGCAGACCCUUCCUCUCAAAAAAGCGCAUUUGUCCUUGAGAAUGAGGCCUACAAAACCUCCACGUCGCGUUCUCAGUAUGAUGAAGCAUGCCGGAGUUUACCAGAGCAAAAAGCACCGGUUUCACCCGAGGCGCAGCCUGCUCCAAUAGAACAAGUCGCCCCAGAAUCUCCUGGUACUACUAUAGGACAUUAUCAAAACUGUCAUUACGUCGCAAGCGGACUUACUGCCGAAGUCUAUAGGUCAAGUGCAGUGGCUCUCAAAGUAAUUGUUGAUACUUCUGUCGGGGAACCUCAUAAUCCUUUUAGAGAAGCCAAGGUCCUACAGUUGCUGAAAAGACCGUGUAUUCCUUUGCUAGAGACUUUCCGAGAUCAAGAGCAGCGCUUUACUUUAGCUUUUCCGUUCAUGCCCCUAAGUUUAACAACUCUCAUUAAGCAGGGUCGUAUACCGAGAAUCCGGAUACAGAAACAUUUUACGGACCUCUUUAAUGCUUUAGUAUAUAUCCACGAGAACGGUAUAAUACACAGGGACAUCAAACCUUCGGCACUUCUACUUGAGUCGGCAGAUGGUCCCGCCUACCUUUCCGAUUUUGGCGAAGCAUGGCAUCCUGAGCUCUCAAUCCAUACGGAACCUGCUCAUAACAAAAUCCUAGACGUUGGCACUGGCCCCUAUCGUGCACCUGAGACAUUAUUUGGCGAUAAGUCGUAUGGCCCCGCUGUCGAUAUGUGGGCAGCCGGAGCUAUGCUUGCUGAAUGCUGCCGGGAAACUCCCCGAGAACUUUUUGAAUCCCGAGCGGCUCACGAAGACGGAAAUCAGCUCGGUCUAAUAUUAAGCAUUUUCAAGACAAUCGGGAGUCCAACUCGGGAGUCAUGGCCGGAAGCAGUGAACUUCAAGACACCCCCAUUCGAUAUGUAUCGAGUAUUUGAAGGCCAUUCUUGGGAUGUUCUUCUACCGGAUGUUGAAGAAGAUUUUCGGGAACUUGUUGCUGCAUCAGUAGUAUAUAACAAUCAUAAAAGAGCUACCGCAUCCCAAGCAUUGAAAUUUAGAUGCAUGCUACAGGGAUGAAUUAUUAUCUCUUGGCCCACUACUCUGUAAUCUUGACUAUGACGAGUAGCUGGCAUAGUACCUAAUUGUCCCAA